AUGGCUUUCUCGAGCGCAGUAGUGUUGGUGUUGAUGUUCGCUAUGGUUGCCGGAUCUGUCUUCGCACAGGCUCCAGGAUCAUCACUGGUGAAGUCUCCGGUAGCAUCGCCUCUGAAGACGGUGGCGACUCCUUCUCCAACUCCGUCUCCCUCAAUGAAGGCACCGACCACCGCUCCUACUUCCGCCCCUACCACCGCACCACCGACCUCUACUCCAGUUGCUCCUCGCACCGCUCCUGCCUCCGCUCCCUCCGGCGGCGCCGUUCCUCCAUCCACGAUCUCAGCUCCCGGCCAGUCUCCUUCCUCCACUCCUUCUAGCACUGGCGCUUCGAACAGAGUCACUGUUGCUGGAUCCGCUGUGGUGGUUCUCUUCGCAGCUGCUUUGUUGAUUUAG